CUAUUCAGCCUAUUGCACCAUAUCAAUAAUUCUUUCAAAUCAACUAGAUCUAGAUCUAAUGUACAUCUUGAAUUGAGCACUAGUUUUAAUUUAUGUUACAGUGUAUGAUACGAGUUUGAUGUGUUCUUAUGGUCUUACUAUUGAAACUCAUAUAAGUAAAAUCUCCUGCAGAUAAUACUUUGACUUGCAGGUGUAGAAAGGGAGACAAUUCAAUUUAACUAGAAAUGUCCGAAGAAAACGGCAACUUGAAGGAUAUUAAGAAACAUGAAGAUUGUAAUGAUGAAAUUCAGGCUGAAGAAAAGCGUGAAAAAUUUACACGAUUAUCAAAGAGACUGGCUUAUCUCUUGCGCUACGGUGCAUGCAAAGAAGGAUUAGUAGUGGAUGAUAAUGGGUAUGUUAACCUCAACGACCUCAUGACAGUCAACCUUCUUCAUGAUUAUACCCGAGAGGAUGUUUUAGAAGCCAUUAAAACUUCUGUUUCAUACAAAAAAAAGCAAAGAUAUGAAUGGAGAGAAAGAGAGGGUGCAGUAUAUAUUAGGGCAGCAUACCUUAGGAACUUUGAAAAAAAUCCAUUUCACUUUGGUACUAAAGUAAAGACUCUAUUUGAAACUGCAACUACUUACAUUAUAGACAAUCUGGAUAAUUUCGACCUGCAAGAUUUUCCAGAUGAACACAUUUUAAGGGACAUGAUGCGACGCCUUAAACGGCAGAAAAAAUUAAGCCACAAAGCCUUGCAAACUCUUCUUGCUCCUACAGUCACGAGGUUGGAUUUGGAGGGAGUGUAUCUCACCAACAAAACCCUGGCCACCAUUUGGACACAAUGUCCAGAUCUUGUUGCUGUAAGCCUGAAGGACUGCGGUUACAUCAUGACAGAUACAGUACUAAACAAAUUUACUCAGAAUUUACCUCAAUUGGAACGCCUCAACCUUUGUUCCUGCACACAUCUGAGCUCAAAAUGUUUGGCCAUUUUGUCCAAAAACUCGACUAAAUUAAAGGUUUUACACAUUGGGAAUAUUUCUUCGUUAACUUACACAGCAGUAUUGAAUUUUAUGACAUCAUCUAAAGCACUGACAUUUCUGGAUGUAUAUUGUUUGAAAACUACACUGGAAGAAUACAGAACACUAACAAAACUUGCCAAAAAACAAGAACUAGAACUCAUUUUGAAAGAACCCAGGCACAAAACAGCAGAAGUAAAAGAAGAGGAAAUAGAAGCUACACUAAGUAGUGAAUUGUGGGAUAGUGAUCAUGAAGAACAGACUUUGUGAAACUGGUGCAUAAUAGAAAUGUUGAACAUUACAUUUUUAUUUCCCUUUUUUUUUUUUUUUUUAUAUCAA